AACUCUCAGGUUAGAACAGAAACUUAUACUCAGUAAACACCGGAAGAGCAGGAGGAUUUGGGUCUGUUUUACCGAGUAAACCGAGUUAAAUACCGGGUUAUUUACCGGGUUAAAGAGAGUUAAAAUGUAAGUUGAAUAUACUAUUAGAGGAAAGUGUAGAGGAAGUGAGUGAUGGCGCGCUGCAGAUCAGUUAUGGAAGCUCUGAUCUUUCUCCUAUUUACUCUUCAGCUUUCAUCAGCAGUCAAACACACUUUGCAGUAUUUCUAUACAGAAGUUACAGGAGUAAAUUUCCCAGAAUUCACUCUUUUGGGUCAGGUGGAUGGGGAACAGUUCAACUACUAUGACAGUAACAUCAGGAAAGAUAUCCCAAAGACAGAGUGGAUCAGGAAGGUCGAAGGUGACGAUCCCAGUUACUGGGAGAGUCAGACACAGAAGCUACAGGAUUCUCAAGAGAACUUUAAAUUAAAUGUUAAUAAAGUAAUGCAGCGGUUCAAUCACACCACAGGAGUUCACACAGUACAGUGGAUGUACGGCUGUGAGCUUGAUGAUGAUGGCACCACUGAAGGAUACAGCCAGUAUGGUUAUGAUGGAGAAGAUUUCAUCAGUUUAGAUAUGAAAGGUCUCACUUGGAUCGCUCCAAAACCUCAAGCUCUGUUGACCAAAAAAAAGUGGGAGGAAAUUGAGGCUCGUUUCCAAAAGAAUUACCUGGAGACAACCUGUAUUGACUGGUUGAAGAAGUUUGUGUCUUAUGGCAAAGAGAUUUUGGAAAGGAAAGUUCCUCCUACAGCAUCUGUGUUCCAGAAACACUCGUCUUUUCCAGAGGUGGUGUGUCAUGCUACAGGUUUCUUCCCCAAGGAAGUGAUGAUCUCCUGGCAGAAAGACGGAGAGGACGUACAUGAGGAUGUGGAGUUCAGAGAGACGUUACCCAAUCAGGAUGGAAGCUUCCAGACGAGGAGCAUUCUGAAAGUCUCAGCUGAGGAGCUGCAGAAACACACCUACACCUGUGUGAUUGAGCACAGCAGCUUGGAGAAGGAGAUGUUGGUAGAUCUAAAAGAUGGAGGAUCAGAUGGAGGACUGAUUGGGAUCAUCGUUGGGAUCAUCGUGGCUCUCGUUGUUCUCGUUGCUGUUGUGGCUGGAAUUGUGGUCUGGAAGAAGAAGAACUCUGGAUUUAAACCUGUUCCACCCAAACCCUCCUCUGAAGGAGAUUCUUCCUCCAAUAACUCCUAAAGUGUGAGAGUGUGUGAUCCUGCUGCAGUGAGAGAGAGAGGAGGAGAGGAAGAGGAGGAUCACACACACACACACACACACACACACACACACUUUGUUCCAUUUUGAACUAUAAAUUAUAGUUGUUUGCGCUUAUAGAUUUUGGAUUAGCAUUGUUUUCCCCCCAAUGGUGACCAACCCCUCAGUGGCACAUUUCUCAAGACACUCUAUCUGCCAAUCUGCAUUUGAGUUCCGCUGUGUAUAAAUGGGGAUAUUUUAUUGUGAAUCUGCUGUUACUACUCGUGUAUUUUGCUUGCUCUAAUUGAUUUAUGCAGGCUUUGAUUUUAUAUACACACAUGGUGUGUCAAAGGUAUGUAAAAAUGUAUUUUCGUUACUCUGAUUAAUAUUUUAGAUAUUUGUUCCUUUCAGGACAUGUUUUUUACUAGCAGUUCCACAUUUACUCUUUUUAUCUCUGAGAUAUACACACAUGCACACACAAAAUGAAACUAUUUUACUUAUAAGUGCACUGCAUGGAGAAACUGAUAGAAGGUUACAUGUAAUAUUACUUGUAUAGAUUGAAGUGAGAUGUAAAACCUUUACAGGAGCUUGGUACUGUUCAGGU